UAUUCCACCUUCAUCAUGCCGACCCUCUUCGGCAUCAUCUGCCUGCUGGGCAUCGUUGGCAACGGCCUGGUGAUCUGCACCGUCUUUAAGAAAUCCAGCCCCAGCAGCAGCGUCCCGGACAUCUUCAUCAUCAACCUUUCGAUGGUGGACUUGCUCUUCCUCCUCGGCAUGCCCUUCCUGAUUCACCAGCUGCUGGGCAACGGAGCCUGGCACUUUGGCGAGACCAUGUGCACCCUCAUCACCGCCCUGGAUGCCAACAGCCAGUUCACCAGCACCUACAUCCUGACGGCCAUGUCCAUUGACCGCUACCUGGCCACCGUCUACCCGUUUACCUCCGCCCGCUUCCGGAAGCCCACGACCGCCGCCCUGACCAUCUGCGUGCUCUGGGCUCUCUCCUUCCUCAGCAUCACCCCCGUGUGGAUGUACACGCAGCUCAUUCCCUUGCCCGGCGGGCUUCUGGGUUGCGGGAUUCAGCUACCGGACCCCCAGCGAGACAUCUACUGGUACACCCUCUACCAGUUCUUCCUGGCUUUCGCCCUCCCUUUCGCCAUCAUCACCGCGGCCUACCGACGGAUCCUGCUCCGGAUGGCCCGAUCCUCCCAGGCGCUGACCGGCCAGAGAGGCACGAGGCUCCGGACGAAGCGAGUCACCCGCAUCGCCAUCGCCAUCUGCUUGGCGUUUUUUGUGUGCUGGGCCCCCUUCCACGUGCUGCAGCUGGUGCAGCUGGCCAUCCAUCGGCCCACCCUGCCAUUCUACUAUGCCUACAACGUGGCCAUCAGCAUGGGCUACGCCAACAGCUGCCUGAACCCUUUCAUUUACAUCUUGCUGGGGCAGAACGUCCGCAGGAGGAUCGUGGUCUCCGUGCGGCCCGCGGCUUUUGGAGAGGACACCUCUCACAACCGCCUCAAGAGUGCACAGGGAGAAGGCAGCGACUUUGGGCAGCCGCUGCUGCACUUGGUCUCCGUCUCGGCCAGGUAG